AUAACAUGGGGCGGGCUUCCAACAUUUCCACCAGCGAACAGAGAGUUCCAGAGUAGCUUCAAACUAGAAAAGACACCCAGCUUCUCCUUUCCUCCCAAGUCCCAAUGGAUCCCCCCUCCUUUUACUCCCAAAGCUACCAGCACUCACCAGAAUCCUCCACCGGCUCGCCCGAGCCCUCCCCGUGGGACUUGGGGCUCUUCUACUCCGAGCAAGAGCCCCUCCCUUUCGAUGUGAAUGACUCGGAAGAGAUGCUCCUGCUCGACAUGCUCGCAGAGGCCUCUGCCAAGGCUUCAUUGUCAUCCGAUGCCAGCGAUUCCAAUUCCAGCCAGCCCAAAGAAGAGGAGGUGGACUCCAAGAGCCAGGAGGCAGGACAUGGCGCCAAAGAGCGAAGCUACCGAGGGGUGAGGAGGAGGCCAUGGGGGAAAUUUGCUGCGGAGAUUCGAGACUCGACCCGGCACGGCGUAAGGGUGUGGCUUGGAACCUUCGAUAGCGCAGAAGCUGCAGCGCUGGCCUAUGACCAGGCGGCGUUCUCGAUGCGGGGGCCGAUGGCGGUGCUGAAUUUUCCGGUGGAGCGAGUUCGGGAGUCGCUGAGGGGGAUGAAGUAUGGGGAGGAGGAGGGAGUGUCGCCGGUGUUGGCGCUGAAGAGGAAGCACUCCAUGAGGAGGAAAUCAAGGGGGAAGAAGUCGACGGGGAGGGAGGUGAGGAUAGAGAGUGUGGUGGAGUUGGAGGACCUGGGGGCAGAGUACCUCGAUGAGCUUUUAAGGCAAUCAGAGGUUGCUGGCCCUUGGUGAAGUUGAACUACUUCAAUUCUCAUGACUUUGUUCUUUCUCUGAAUUUUCUCUUAGUUUCCAAAUCCUUCCUUGUUUCCUUCUUUUUUUUUUUUUUUCUUUUUCUUUUUUAAUUUUUAUGCUUAAGGGAAGAAGAGAACUCCCAAGCUUGUUUCCUUCUAAUCUAGGAACAACUUUCUUUUCUUUUGACUUUCUAGAUGGCAAGGAUGUUACGGUAAGAAGUUUUGGGAUUUUACGUCUUCCUGAUGCAAUCAAUUAGCUGUUCUUAAUGUAAAGACUUUCUACUGAUGGAUUUUGGAUUACUUUGUGGGUCUCAAUCACAAUACAAAGAGAAUUUGAGCUUAAGUGCAUGCAUCCCAACUCUUUGGGGGAA